AUGAUUUCUCAAGACAAUAUAAAUGAUGAUAAGACUCAGGAGCAAUCUCAUUCAAUAACAAUCCGUUUUCCUAAUACAGAAUACACCGAAAUGAAAGUUCCCUUGAGAAAUAAAGAAACAGUUUCAGAUGUAAAAAUUAUGAUUCAGAAAUACUCAAAAAUACCAGUUGACCAGAUAGUAUUGCGUUGCAAUACUGAGAUAAUCCAAGAUUCAACGGUUAUUUCUAAACAAUACGAGGAUAAAGAUUGGGAUUGUCUUUUUGUACCAGAAAUAGAUGAAAAAUCAAAAGAGAAUUAUUACAACAAUAAUAGCACUGAGAACAAAUAUUCCAGAUCAGUCGAAUUUCUUGAAAAGCUCAAUUAUUCAAGAAAUAGUAUUGUUAAUGCACUUAAAUCUUCGAAUGGUGACUUGAAUAAAGCUAUACAGUUGCUGUCGGCCAAGCCCGUCUCUCCUCCAGUGUCUCCAGAAAAUUCCGCCGACGAAGCACCGACAAUAAUUGAUUCUUCAUCUUCAUCACCAAAAAGAAUUACAAACCACCGCCAAUAUAUUGAUGGCAGCGAAAGUUCCGAAGAUGAACAAGAAAAAUCCAAAAAAUCGAAGGAUGAAAAAUAUAAUCCAGAACAAAAUACAAAUACGAAGCCAAACAAACAAGGAAAACUCUCACAUAAAUCAAAACGUCAAGAUUCAAACGAAAAAAUCAACACACAAAUCGAUGAAGAAAAAAAAUCUCAAUUAAACAAUCGAUUGCUACUAGCAGCUCAAGACAUAAUAUCGCCAUCAAAUACAAAUACUGUCAAGACAGAAACAGACGAAAAUUCCAACGAUGAAGAUAUUCUCGAUAAAGCUACGAAUCCUCCACUUCUUCAGCAUAGCAGCGCGGUUAAAAACGUUUCCUACGCAAUUAUUGAUGUAGAAAACCACAAAACAACAGACUUUGUCCAAGGAGUUAUCACAAUUCAAAAACAAGGCGCAAUUACUAAGACAAGGAACUUCCUUGUUAACAGUCUUUACAUAACUAAGCCAGAAUUCAGCUUAAUUUUGAAGAUUCGCCAACAACCAGGAUUACGUGAUAAAAUAUUAAACGAAAAAUCGAAAAUAAUACGCGAUUUAGUACUACUAAACAGACUACAGAUUACGUUCAUCAAAUUGGUCGGUCUUAUUAAAGGAUGCGACUGUCAUCCGGAAGAAGUCUUCAAACGGAUCUCAGAAAACUGGGAACAUAUCACAACAGAUGAACUAAAGAUGAUUAUCAAGAUCAGAGAAGAUCCUUCUAUACUUCCUCCCAAAUUACAGGGAUUUAAUGUCGAAAACGACCCUGUAGACGUCGUAGAUUCACAGUUUCCUAUUGGAAAUGACAUAAAAAGCAAGUUCUGCGCUAUAAUUGAUACUAAAAACAUCAAUAUGAACGAAUUGAUGAAAGCAACACAUAAAUUCGACCAAUCUAUAGCAUACAAGACAUGGUCUGGCUUUAUUAACGAUUCGCAGUACAUUACUCAGCAUGAACUUGAAGAAAUCAUGGAAAUCAGAAAACAUCCGGAAACAUUACCAGAAGAAUUAGUUCAGAUGAUAUCAGUUAGCUCCGGAAAUACACAGAACCUCAUAGUUCUCGAUCGUACUGAACAUUCAGCUGCAGAUAUUGUCAAAAGAAUCAGAUCUGCAAAUGGAUCAGCAGAUUCCAUUUAUCAUACCGUUUUUAAUGAUGUGCCAAGGAUAUCUGCAAACGAACUUCGCGUAAUCCUUCACAAACGAAAAGAUGAAGUGACCACUCAAUUCGAUACCCCUGAAGAACAAAAUCCGCAGCCCCUCAUGAAAACAAGAAAAACCGCAAAAACUUCGUAUAAGAACAUUAUAUCGUCCGAAAACAGCGACAGUGAGAACGACUCAUCCUUCAAGGAUAGUCCAAGCGGCUCUGCUUCAUCAGGAUCAGCUUCUUCAGCUGAAUCUGAUGGAGAUGCGGAAGAAAAUGUUCAAAAUCAGAUCCACAUAACAACGAGGAGACAGUCCGCUGCACAGGCAAAGCAAUUAGAGUCAGAAAGUUCUUCUUCUGACGAUGAUGAUUCCGGUAAUUUCAAAGAUCCGUCAUUUAGUACUAAAACUAAGACUAAAAGAGGAUCGAGCAAGAUGAGGACAAGGAAGAGUGAUAAUGCAAAGCACAAGGAACAACAAUUGAAGAGAUCUCAUACUCCAAUCAAAGUUACAUCGGAAUAUUCUGAAGAUGAACAGCAAGAAAGCAAGGAACAGACAGAGAAUAAACAGGAACAAGAGAUUGCUAAGCCACACGUUGACUAUUCUCAGAAAGAAGUUGAAGAUUUCACUCAGAGAUUAAGAGAACUCGUUGUGACCAAAGAAAUCGCAGAAGAUUUAAUGCAAAGAUCAAAUAAUAACCCAGGAUGGGCUAUGGUAUCAUUCUUGUUUGAGAUCUCACAGAAAGCGGGUAAGAAGGUUUAA